GACGACCGCCCACCACCACCCACCCCGACCCUAUCUGCGGCGCGACGACGGCUGACCCGCCGCCGCCUCCUCCUCCUCCUCCUCGUCGCAGCGGAGAGCGCCUCGGCUGUCUCCCCCUCCCACGACUCCGGCCGCCUCGCCCGCAAACGCGCGCUGCGCCGCGCCGCGCCGCGGAAUCUCCCGGGAAGGAUGGCGCCCGCCGCCUCCGCCUCCACCGUCGGCGUCGCCCCUCCCUCUCUCAGAUGCGGCGCCUGCGUCCUCACGGCCACGGUGGCGUGCCGCAUGCACGCCCGGGGUAAGUUCCCCGCGCGCCGGCUGCUCCACGGCCAGGCGCAAGUUAGGAAUCGGGUUGCGACAACUUGGUCCUUGAAGGCUGGUCUAUGGGACUCCCUCAGAUCAGGUUUUUUGAAAGGUAAUAACAGUACAGAGACAGUAGAGCCACCACCAACACCAUUUGAAGAGGAAGAACCUUUGCCUGAGGAACUAGUACUCCUAGAAAGGACACUAGCUGAUGGCAGCACGGAGCAGAUUAUAUUUUCUUCAGCUGGAGAUGUUGAUGUGUAUGACCUCCAAGCCUUAUGUGACAAGGUGGGAUGGCCACGCAGACCUCUAACCAAAAUAGCAGCAUCCUUAAGAAACAGCUACCUGGUUGCCACGCUACAUUCAAUUAUUAGGUCUCCACAAGCAGAGGGAGAAGAGAGUAAGCAACUAAUCGGCAUGGCGCGAGCAACUUCAGAUCAUGCCUUCAAUGCUACAAUAUGGGAUGUUCUCGUUGACCCGUCAUAUCAGGGUCAAGGUCUUGGUAAAGCCCUGAUGGAGAAAGUAAUCCGUACAUUGCUCCAGAGAGACAUCAGCAAUAUUACAUUGUUUGCAGACAACAAAGUUGUAGAUUUCUACAAGAACUUGGGAUUCGAAGCUGACCCUCAAGGCAUCAAGGGCAUGUUCUGGUACCCCAGAUUUUAAGUGCCGGCCUCUUGUUCUUCAACAGCAGCGACUACCUUCUGGUUGGAGUAACAUUCGUAAGCCAGGAGCUCAGCUGUAUAACGCUAACUCAACUGAACAGUGUUCCCUGCUUUCAGCAACAUCUGGUUGCCUGCACCCUGGGCCAUGUUCAGCUGAAUUUUUCACUCAACUUUGUAGUUGAACACACUUAUUGUUGUCACUUGCAAAAAAUGCAGCGCAGGAUCGCUGAAAACGCACAUACAGUGACAGUCGCGCCACGCUCUUAGAAUCUUAGAUCCACCUUUCCUGUCAUGUAACUGGAGUAGUGGAGUAUAGCCAAACAGUUCAGAUCCA